UCAUCGGUCACUCAGGUAUGCAGGGACUUCCUCUGGCCAUCUGCGAAAGAGCGAACCGAAUCCCCGUGGACUUCCUGAGACAUUUAGCAUCAGUUUCUCCUGUGAACAUACACAUGGAUAGACCACCUGUCAAAGGAUUGAACCCACAUGGAGUCAGACUGUCUUAUAAGCGAAUGAUAUUUUAUACAGUAUGUAUCUUAAUAUUUUGAUGUCACUCUCUGUCUGUCUUCAGGUAUGGGUUAUUCAUCAUAUGUGGGGUUGCCCAGGCGUCUGCACCCCAUUGGCUGAUUCACCAGCAUGUACUGUAGAAACGGCCUAUCAGAUGGCACCAGCAUUAGCUCCGCCUCCUCUGAGGGAAGUGACAGCUCUGUGUCUGUGGACGGCCUGAACGCUGACUACGUGAAGAGCUACGAUGCUGUCGUGUUCGAUGUGCUGAAAGUGACACCAGAGGAGUUUGCAAGCCAAAUCACCCUGAUGGACGCCCCUGUGUUUAAGGCCAUACAGCCAGAGGAGCUUUCUAGCUGUGGCUGGAACAAAAAGGAGAAACACAGUUUGGCUCCUAAUGUUGUUGCCAUCACACGGAGGUUCAACCAGGUGAGCUUCUGGUUGGUACGGGAAAUCCUGAUCGCUCAAACCCUGAAGAUCCGUGCUGAGAUCCUGAGCCACUUCAUCAAAAUCGCAAAGAAACUUCUAGAGCUGAAUAACCUUCAUUCUAUGGUGUCGGUGGUGUCUGCAUUGCAAAGCGCUCCCAUUUUUAGACUGAGCAAGACCUGGGCGCUUAUCAGUCGGAAGGACAAGGCCACGUUUGAGAAGCUGGACUACCUGACCUCCAAAGAGGAGAACUACGCCAGGAUGAGAGAGUACAUCCGCUCCCUCAAGAUGGUGCCAUGCAUCCCUACCUGGGUGAGUCCUCAUCUGGGUGUCUGCUUUCUCCCCAAACAUGCUUUACUUCACCUGCCAGUGGGGCAAUGA